GGUGGGCGUAUUUGCCUCAUCAAACUUGUCCUGUCUGACAUCAGCCGCUGCUUAUUUUUCGAUAAGUUCGUCGAUUCCGGUGCACUUAGGGUCUGGCUGUCGACGGAGGAAGAGAAUUGGUUGGUCCGAAAUGCUUCAGGAUGACAGUCCAGACGCUUCAGAGCAGAGCAGCAUCAACAAAAAGUCAAACAAGUCGGAAACCGUGGAUUUGACGGACAACUCGCUAGUGGUCGACAUUUCGGAUGCUCUGAGUGAGAAGGAUAAAGUGAAAUUCACCGUGCAUACCAGGACAACACUUCCUGAGUUUGCCAAAACCGACUUUCUUGUAGUUCGUCAGCAUGAAGAGUUUGUAUGGUUACACGACCGAUUUGAAGAAAAUGAGGAGUAUGCUGGCUACAUUAUCCCUCCUGUUCCUCCCAGACCUGAUUUUGAUGCAUCCCGAGAGAAACUUCACAAAUUAGGUGAAGGAGAAGGGACAAUGACCAAAGAGGAGUUUGCUAAAAUGAAGCAGGAACUGGAAGCUGAGUAUUUGGCAACCUUCAAAAAGACUGUUGCCAUGCAUGAAGUGUUUCUUAUCCGCCUUGCAAAUCAUCCCAUCUUCAGAAACGACCAUUUCUUCAGAGUCUUCCUUGAAUAUGACCAAGAUCUUUGUGUUAGAAGCAAAAACAAGAAGGAGUUGUUUGAGGGUCUUGUGAAAUCAUUUUCAAAAACGUCAGAUGAGCUCUUGCUCUCAGCAACGCAAAAAGACAACGAUGACUUUUUUGAAAAGGAAAAAGAUUUCUUGCUUGAAUACCAUUCACAUUUGAGAGAUGCCACUGCCAAAGCUGACAAAAUGACUAGCCGACACCAAGAUGUGGCUGAUUCUUACAUUAAAAUUUCAACGGGCCUCAAUCAGCUGGCAACAAGUGACCAUCCAGAGUUAGAAAAAUUCUUUACUAAAGUGUCGGACACUUUUGAAAAAGCGAGAAAACUAGAAGGCAGAGUAGCGUCUGACGAAGACCUGAAGUUGUCUGACACACUGCGAUAUUACAUGAGGGACUCUUUUGCCGCCAAACAGCUCCUGUACCGACGUCUGCGAUGCCUAGCGGACUAUGAGCAGGCAAAUAAAAACCUGGACAAGGCCAGGACUAAGAACAAAGAUAUCCACGCAGCUCAGGAAGUUAUUGAUGCUGAACUGGCUCAACAACAAGCCUGUGAUAAAUUUGAACAGAUUUCAAUCAAGGCUAAGGAAGAAUUGGUUGAGUUCAAAAAACGUAGAGUGGUAGCGUUCAGAAAGAACUUGGUCGAAGUGGCAGAACUUGAAAUCAAGCACUCAAAGGCUCAAGUUCAGCUGCUCAAGAACUGCUUGGAGAGCUUGAAGGAGGAGAUGGAAUGAUUGCCACUGAAUGCCGCAGCGAGGCGAACCGAGCCCAUCAGCCUUUCAGUUCUCGCUGAAACUUGCACCAGCUACAUUUGAGGCCUGUUAAACUAGGACUUGCUAUUCUCUUCCCAGGUGUCAUCAAAACCAUCUUGAAUCGUUUCUAAGCCAGUCGUGCUGGCUGUGGUUGAGUCUCAGAAUAAUUUUUAAGCCAGCAUGUCCAGCCUGGAAAACCCAAGCAACUCAAUCAUCAGACUGCUCCUUAAUUUUAGGUCCUAUAAAUGAAAAAUUGCUUGGUUUUCCACCUUUGGCAUGUUCAAACUUACGUGUGAAUAAUAGUAAUUGCACUUUCAACUGAAUUCUUACUUCAGCAAGGCAACAUUAUCGCUCUUUGCUGUUAACAUACUGAGCAGAAAAUUGCCUAUGCUAAUAUUCUACAUUCCUUUGUUAUUUUCUGCGAAUGAUACGCCUCUUAAUAUUGUCAUUCAUUGGCUUGCAUGUCCAUAAAGCCAAAUCAGUUCAAUUGUUAUCUCACGCCUUCAAACUUUUAACCAAACGUCAUCUUUUUUAUUGUAAUCUAUCAUUUGUGUUUAAGGAAAGUAUAUUUUUGAGCAGUUUAUUUAGAAUGACUCGAAAAAUAAAAGAGAGUGAAUGAAUCCAAAGGAGCAUCGCAGUGUGUCUACAGUUAAACGGGGAGUGUAAUGUUAAAUAACUAUCUUUUAUUUUGUUAAUUGCAGAAAAAUUAUGAAUCUUACUUAUCUCUAUUGUUUGUUUGGUAAUCAUGAAAAUGCUAAUUGUUAAAUCCUGUAUGGCUGAUGAAUAUCAGGUGAUAUUGAAUUUAAUAAAAAUAUGAAACAAAUCAUAAUUUGAAGGAAAAA